AUGUCAAUUCUUGCAAUCCUUCUGUUUUUCUCUGUCUCCGUUCUAGCACCACAUUUUGUUUUCUCUUCAUCAGUUCCGGACCCUGAGCUAGUAGUGCAGGAAGUACAUAGGAGCAUAAAUGCUUCCAGGAGAAACCUUGGAUAUUUAUCAUGUGGAACUGGUAACCCUAUAGAUGAUUGCUGGAGGUGUGACCCCAAUUGGGAGAGGAAUCGCCAACGGCUAGCUGAUUGUGCCAUUGGGUUUGGCAAGAAUGCUAUUGGGGGAAGAAAUGGUAGAAUUUAUGUUGUGACUGACUCUGGUAAUGACGAUGCGGUGAACCCCAAGCCAGGAACUCUUAGGCAUGCUGUGAUUCAGGAUGAGCCUUUGUGGAUUAUAUUCAAGAGAGACAUGGUAAUUCGGCUGAGGCAAGAGCUGGUCAUGAAUUCUUUCAAGACUAUUGAUGGUAGGGGUGCUAGCGUUCACAUUGCUGAGGGACCAUGCAUUACUAUUCAUUUUGCUACUAACAUUAUCAUACAUGGCUUACAUAUACAUGACUGUAAGCAAGGAGGGAAUGGUAAUAUACGGGACUCUCCCCGCCACUCUGGAUGGUGGACUCCAUCGGACGGUGAUGGGAUUUCCAUCUUUUCUAGCCAGCAUAUUUGGGUUGACCAUUGUUCGUUGUCCAACUGCCAUGACGGACUUAUUGAUGCCAUUCAUGGAUCUACAGCCAUCACUAUCUCCAACAACUUCAUGACCCAUCAUGACAAGGUCAUGCUGUUGGGCCAUAGCGACUCGUAUACACAAGACAAAGGCAUGCAAGUUACUAUAGCCUUUAAUCAUUUCGGCGAAGGGCUAGUGCAAAGAAUGCCAAGGUGCAGGCACGGGUACUUCCAUGUGGUGAACAAUGACUACACCCACUGGGAAAUGUAUGCCAUUGGUGGGAGCGGUGCUCCGACGAUCAACAGUCAAGGAAAUAGAUUUCUUGCACCAAAUACAAGAUUUAGUAAAGAGGUGACUAAACAUGAGGAUGCACCAGAGAGUGAGUGGAGACACUGGAACUGGAGGUCAGAAGGAGACUUAAUGUUGAAUGGUGCCUAUUUCCGGCAAUCAGGCGCUGGUGCUUCUUCAAGCUAUGCAAAGGCUUAUAGCAUAAGUGCAAGACCAUCUUCUCUUGUGGGUUCAAUGACCCUGACUGCUGGUGCACUUAACUGCAGGAGGGGCUCUCAUUGCUGA